AUUUCGUUCGUGAGCCGGUCACGAUCGCUUUUCGCGCGAGUAGCAGAUUGUUGGUCAGAGUUUUCAGAAAAUUAAUCUUUCACUAUGAGUUGCCCCUACGCUCACGACGGCAGGGAGAAUAUACCAGUCCGCAAGAAUGGCGACGACAAACGGAUGUCUUAUGGAGAUUAUCUACAGCUCAACACUCUCCUUGAAUGCCAGAAGCCAGCAAGCACUAAAUUUGGUGAUGCAACCGUCCAUGAUGAGCUCCUUUUUAUCGUGGUUCAUCAAGGGCACUGAUGAAAGAAAGAUGCUUGUUUUAAUCUCAAGACUGGGUCGCAUUGUGCAGAUUCAAAAACUGUUACGUGAUCAGAUCAUGAUCUUAGAGACCAUGACUCCAUUGGAUUUUAUGGAAUUCAGAGAUUACUUAGCACCCGCGUCAGGAUUUCAGAGUCUCCAGUUCAGGUUGAUUGAGAAUAAACUUGGCAUUAACAAGACCCACAGAAUCCGCUACAAUUAUCAGGAUUACAGUAAAGCAUUCGAUUCGCAAGAUGGGAAGCAGCUUGAAGAAUCUGAAAGCACGGCUUCACUGCUAGAACUCGUCCAGUGUUGGUUGGAGAGGACUCCUGGCCUGGAAGAGGAUGGCUUUGAUUUUUGGAGGAAAUACAAGACAAGUGUUCAAACAAUGCUUGAAACUCAGAAGGCCGAAGCUGAGGCUGAAGAAGACGAAGAAGUGCGAGCGACUUUGUUCAAAGAGAUCAAAAAGCAAGAGGAUCAUUUUGAAACAAUCUUCAGUGAGGAGAGGCAUAACCAACUUGUGGCUCGAGGCGAAAGAAGGUUUUCCCAUAAAGCCAUGCAGGGGGCAUUGAUGAUUUACUUUUAUCGGGACGAACCUCGAUUUAACCAACCUUUUCAAAUUCUUCAACUGCUGAUGGACAUCGACUCAAAUUUAAUCAAAUGGCGAUACAAUCACUUGAUGAUGGUUCAGCGGAUGAUUGGCAGUAAAAUGGGGACUGGCGGAACGUCUGGAUACCAGUACCUCAGGUCCACGGUCAGUGAUCGUUACAAGGUUUUCGUUGACUUGUUUAACUUGUCCAAUUUCCUGAUACCACGUGAUCAAAUUCCGCCACUAAGCUCCUCCAUGAAGGCACGCCUGCGCACUGCGCUGGUUGGAGGUCGGCUGCACGACAGUGACAGUGCUCACUUUAGCGACAGCAGUGAAGAUGAUCAGGUGUCAGCCCUUUCCUCCCUUGUCAAGAACGCGGGCAUUACAGGUGCACCAGCUGUCGACACCGAAGGAGACGAAGUGGCAAGCAGUAAUUAGUCUGAAGUGUUACCCAUUCAAAAUGAUUUUUGGGAUUCUUCCAACGAGAGAGUAUUUCAUAUAGUAGUCAUUUGACCGAAUACGUAUAAUUUUAUUAGGAUAAAAUUUUGAAACGGCUCAUGAAGAGCUGCAGGAGCAGAAUUUAGUUGUAUGAAAUCGGAAUCCUACUAUUUCGAUAUAUUUGUAAAUACAACAGUAUAUAGUUUGUUAGAUUUGAAGUUGUAGUCACGUCAUUGUGGAAUUAGUUGUAUUUAAUUUGACCGCAACAUUUUUCUGAAUUGGCUUCCCAUAUUCAAAAGUUAAUUACAUAUAUACAUAAAAAUAAAUAUGCUUUAGCUAAGACAGCCAAGAAAUUUUCUAUCCCCGUUUUUUAAGUGCUUUUUUGAUAUUUGCAACGGAAAUGAUAAAGCAAAGAUACCAUUUGUAAGUCGUUUUAAUAUUUAAUGACAAUGCUAUUCUCAUGGAAAUGUUGUUGAUAAGGCAUGUAAUAUUUCAGGUGUGUUUCGUAAUAUUGAAUAAAAUGCGCUUUAAUAAAGAUACUCUUUUCAGAACAAAUUU